GCGACCCUUCCUUACACGGCGACGUCUGGUCCUGGCUGGAAUUCCUCCUCACCUCCAUUUUCAGCGCUCUCUGGGUCCUGCCCCUCUUCGUGCUCAGUAAGGUCGUCAACGCCAUCUGGUUUCAGGACAUCGCAGAUCUAGCUUUCGAAGUUUCCGGCAGAAAGCCUCACCCCUUUCCCAGCGUCAGUAAAAUCAUCGCCGACAUGUUGUUCAACCUUUUGUUGCAGGCGCUCUUCCUCAUCCAGGGGAUGAUCGUGAGCCUGUUCCCCAUCGACCUCAUCGGCCAGCUCAUCAGCCUCCUCCACAUGUCGCUGCUUUAUUCGCUUUACUGCUUCGAGUACCGCUGGUUUAACAAAGGCAUCGAGAUGCACCAACGGUUAUCCAACAUCGAGCGCAACUGGCCCUAUUACUUCGGCUUCGGCUUGCCCCUCGCCUUCCUCACCGCCAUGCAGUCCUCCUACAUCAUCAGCGGUUGCCUAUUUUCCAUCCUUUUCCCUCUCUUCAUCAUCAGCGCCAACGAAGCCAGGACCCCCGGCAAAACCUACCACUUCCAGCUCCGGCUCUUCUCCUUGGUGGUUUUCCUCAGCAACAGACUCUUUCACAAGACCGUUUACCUUCAGUCC